AUCCCAUGUCAACAGCUCUACGUAUCGAAUCGUAAUAGCGGUCACAAUUGCGCUAUUCGUGUUGUCGUUUAUUGUCCUGCAUUGUAGUGAUUCUCUGGUCGAGUUUGCCGCACUACUAUCAUGGACCCUGACGCGCCCAUCGCCAACGAGCCUCAGCCCUCCAUCUUUCGCUGGAUUCUGGGCUUCCUCAUGGUUGGCGCAUGCUGGGGACUUACGACACCCUUUAUGCGUAAAGCUGCAAUGAACUAUACGCCGCCCCAACGCCCUGCCCUUACCGAUCCGAACAAUUCAUGGCUCAAGAAGAAAGUGCUGGGUGUACUUUAUGCUGUGAUUGGAGUGCUAAGUCGACCGGCUUACGCGAUACCAUUGUUGCUCAAUGUCACUGGAAGCGUGUGGUUCUUCAUAUUGAUAGGCAAGGCGGAAUUAAGUCUUACAGUGCCCAUCACAAACUCACUCGCCUUUCUGUUCACAGUCUUAGGCGAGUGGUGGGCAGAGAAAAAGGUCAUCAGUAGAGACACUUGGAUAGGCAUGGCAUUCGUGCUCGGAGGCAUCGGCUUGUGCGUACAAAGCAAGUCGUAAUAGAUAAAUAUAUUGUAACAUGUCUACCAAUCCUUUCCAAGUCUAUUGCUCGAAUCGAAUCCGUUCGUUCCAUUUGCCGCUCCUGUCUUCUCCUGAUAUAGUCUCGAGAAACCCUGUGCAGGUGGUUGCAGCCAAUUCCUCUCGUCAUACUUUUGGUCGCCCUCAAUGACGUGGAAUGUAUAUAUGUUCCUGCUCUUUUCGCUUGUGUUCUUCUCACUCUUGUGGAGAAUAUUGCCAUGAAUGAGGACUAGCG